AUGUGUGGCAAGGUGUAUGCUGAAGAUACAUUGGUUUGUCGCAUUUGCUUUGAUGGAAGCGGGCUGAUUCAUGGGCAAGUCUGUGCUUGUCGGGGAUCUGCUGGGUUGGCACAUGCUCGGUGCUUGGUGCACUGGGCAGCCAGCCGAUGGCCAAAUCUGACAUUCUGGAGAACUUGUUCGAUCUGCGGUCAGGACUAUGUUGGAGCAGCCCGCCUUUCCUUGGCUCAGGCUUUACAUUCCAGGGUUAGGUGGAGGCCGCUGCAGAGGUCCAGCUACUUGUGGGUGCGGGAUUGGGCCGUUGAAAACCUCAUAUGCACGCUGCAUGAAGUUGGGAAGCAUGAGCAGGUUGCCCAACGGGCUGAACAAUCCACGGCUAGCUUCAGGAAACGGGGCAAGCUUCAUCACCCUCGGGCUCUGCGAAUUGUCACUGUUUUCGCCAGCUCAUUGCGAGAGAUGGGCCGAUAUCAAGAUGCCGUGCAGUUGCAGCGGCAGGCACUUUCAGUACAGCGUCGAGUGCUGGGGAGCAGUCAUCCUGAUGCCAUCAAUUCAUCAAACAACCUGGCAUGCUCGCUCAGUAUGAUGGGCAAGCGUGAAGAAGCCGCUUCACUUUCUCGAAAAUCACUAAGAUUGAUGAGGAAGCUUGCGGGCGAGAAGCAUCCCGACACCCUGGUGGCUGCCAGCAACCUGGCCGUUCUGCUCCAAGAGGACGGCAGGUAUGAAGAAUCCGCACAGGUUGCCAAGCAGACUCUGGAUGUGCAGCAGCGAUUGCUAGGGCCACAGCAUCCUGACGUGCUUUGCACUGUCAACAGCUUGGCGGCGGCUCUUCACUUGCAGGGCAAGCACGCGGAGGCCAUCGAAUACCAGAAGGAGACGCUGGAGAUUCGACGAAGGACACUUGGCAUGGAGAACUUGGAGACGUUGGUCGCAGCUCACAACCUGGCCGGGAUGCUCCAGCACAAAGGAUGUUACGAAGAGGCUGGCGCACUGCAGCGUGAGACCCUUGAGGUCUUGACCAGAUGCAUGGGCCCACGACAUCCAGACACGAUGACCGUAAAGAGCGCUUUAGCAUCGACCCUGGAGCAGCAGGGCUUUCUUGAGGAGGCUGAGCGAAUGGCCCGUGAGGCACAUUCAGAGGAGGAGGAGGUGCUUGGCCCACAUCAUCCUAGAACUCUCUGCACGGCUCACAACCUUUGCAGCAUCCUUCGUGAGAAGGGAUCUUACCGACAAGCAUCGGCCCUCCUCUCAAAAACCUUGGAGUCCUUGGGGAAGGCAUGUGGCAGGCAGCAUCCGCGAACUCUCGUCUCGGCUUGCACACUCGCCAACCUUUAUCUGAAGCUUGGCAGGUUCCGGGACAGCCUGGAGCUGGUUGCACCAGCACUGAUAGUGCAGGAGAAGACUCUGGGCCCAAGGCAUCCGCAAGUUUCAGCAAGUACCAGCAUUUUGGCUGCCGGCCUGCGUGACCUCGGACGGGCGAACCACUUCGCGAAUCUUCCUGCGACAGUCUUGGAGGUAGUUGCUUCAAGCUCCGGGGUGCCAACAGAGACUGCCUUGAUCUUGUCUCAGCGUGCCGUGAAGAUGCAGUGCGAGGUUCUCGGUCGCGAGCACCCCGCAACUCUGGAUUCUAUGCUUCUGGUUGCAGAGUGUUUGAUGGAUCUGGACCGUUGCAAGGAAGCAGCCGUUGUUGCUCGGCGUGCCCUGCUGCUGCGGCUAAAAGUGUCUGGUCAGCGGCAUCCGAGAACGCUAUCAGCGGCAGUGAUUCGUGCAGCAGUUUUGCGCAAGCAAUGCCGGACCGGCAAGGCUCGGGGCCUCCUAAGUCGCACGCUGCGGAUUCAGAACGAGGUGUUCCAGGGUUUUCCUCACCCUCAGCUGCUGUCCACGGCCAGUGACUACCUCGAGCUGCGGUCCAGCGCCAGAUUCUGGGACGUCGGCACCCAGAUGUCCACUGCACAGCGCAGCGUCUGGCAUGCCAAAGAGCGAAGGCAUAUGGCACCGUGGAUAGCCCAAGCACUUCAUGUCACCAUCGUUUUCGCGCUCCUGAAGGUGCUCAAGCAGGUCGCUCGACUGGAAGUGAAGUUCUGGGCCAAGGCAAGCGUUGCUAUGCUCAAAGAACUUGACCCAGAGUCAAGGAUAGAAAGGAUAGUUGACUGGUUGCAAACCUUCGGUGUGGAGGAGGAAGACAGCUCAUCAGGGCCUGCAGUUUUGUACCAGGUGCUCAGUGACGUGACCCUGCAGAAGGAUUUCGAGGUGCCUCAGCGAGAGGCAUUGUCCGCUGCCGUGCGGGAAAACUUGCAGAAGUUCCCCGUGGAGAUGCAGGCCGUGCUAGAACGCGUGGGCAGUGUGACGGGCGGACGCCCUGUCGUUGUGUCAGAUUGGAGGAGAAGGCACAACCAGCCCACGCAGCUGGAGUCUCCAACGCUUGGCCCAGGAGCAGCGCUGCUCUUCGCUGGGUCGGAGCUGGAAACUGAGCAAGCACCACAUGCAAGUCUCUCAAACGUGGCCGACUCCGCCGAGACGAUCACUACCGAAGUUUACAUUCAAGAUGUAGAGGAUGUCAUCACAGCCGAGGAGGAGGCUGCCAACUCUGCGAUCGUCCAGUCGCUUCAGCGAGAAAUGGAGGCGGCUGAGCAGGAGAGGAAGGCCAAGGCUUCUGCAGAAAGCGUUCCGGCGGACGAGACCGGUGCCAUGCCGUUCUCUGCUGAUCCUUUUGCUGACCUCCUUGCUACCAUCAUGCUCUGGCUACAGCAGGCUGGUGGCACCCUGGAGCGGGAGGCCGUCCUGCCUCUGAUCAAGGCGAUGGGUUUCCGCGUCCGUGCGGUCAUCAACGGCCUGUCGCAAGAUGUGUUCUGGUCCCACCCUGAAGCGGAAUGCGAAAUCCUGCUGCGCACUGCGGCUGGUAGCAGCUUGCAUCCAAAGCCGUUGCCUGCUAACUACCUGCAUGAGGCAGUCAGGCGAAACCUGGUUUUGCAAGUGCGACAGAUGGGAUCGAAAGCCAAGUACGACAAGCUCGCUGGUCUUCUAGGGUGGAACGCCAAAUCUGAGCUCAGACGAACGUAUGGCGCCUUGAGAAUAGUUUUGGCCGGCCUUCCGGAGAUCUUCUACGACUCCCACAAGCUCUACCUAAAACAGGUGCUUGAGGGCGUUGUGGACUGGCCAGUCAGCAAAGAUGGUCGCAUAGGACCCAAUGGUGGCAGGGAGACCGUGCAACAUUGGACUCGUGCAUGCGAUGAUUUGAAAGGUGCUGGGGACAUUGACUGGUUCAAUGCCAAACGACAGCUAUUGGGAGUUGUCAUGAAUCAAGGGGGACACUGCGAUGUGCAGGUUGCACGGUGGUUAUUGCAGCCAGCCGGCGAGGCUACCUUGGAAAAGGUUUUCGAAGCUGGAUCCAAGUACGAUCUCACCAAGGUGCUGUUCUGGGAACCGCGGCGCGUCUUUAAGCGACGGCAGCCGAUGGCCGCGCAAGACGAGACCAAGGCUUCCCCCGAGAUAUGCCAAGUGGUUCGGAAGGUGAUGGAGUCAACAGUGUCAGCCACGGUGGAGGAGCUGAAGGCAAUCGCAAACGGGUUGAACGAGCACCGGGACAGAGGCACCAGCCAUGUUGGCCAGUGCCUCGGUUGCCCGAGCUCUGCGCUGCGUACCGCAGCUGCGAAGGAGAGAUGUACGGGACGGGCCUUUGCCACAGGUAGUCUUCCUGGCGAGGCACUCGGCCCUAACGUUCCGGGAGGUGCCUCCAAGCUCGGCGACAUUGCGAAGGUUCCGCUGCUGCUGAAAGAAUCUCCAGUCAAAGUUCGCGAGAUUUGGUUGGAGAGGUUUCGGGAGAACCCGGUGACCGUUGCCGGAGCAGUUAGUGACAAAGAUUACAGACCGUUUCAAGCGAAUGCCGAGGCCUGCCCUAUGUUCGUUGUUCCGCUUCCUCGUGGAGAGGGCUUUCUGAACAUGGUCUGGCAGGUUCAAGACCAGCGGGUUCUCUUUAAGACCUUGGACGGCUUCCAGCAGGGCUCGCCUGUCAUUGACCUCGGGGUCUCAUUCUUCACCGAGCUCAUCGUUUCACAUCAGCUGGUCUUGAUCCACGGCGAGAUCAAGUCCAAUCUCCUGUCGAAGGAGGAGGCUUCCAAGAUGGUACGCUUUCUGCGCGAGGCGUAUGCCGAUCCGAUCCUUUUCGGCUGGGUGAAACGUUUCAAUCAGUCGCCGCGGGAGUUCGAUUGGCAAGACUUCAUGUCUCAAGCCAGGCCAGUGGAGUUGGCGCCUCGGUGA